AUGACAGGUCUUGAAUUGUGUCCAAACGACAACCGGGCUGAACUUGAUGCUGGUAGAAAUGGGAUAACGAGACUAUUGAUGCUGGCCAUAAUAAUGAGUUUCACUCAUAUGAUCUCGAUGGCUGCUGGGACUUUCGGCUUCAUAAUUGGCUGGAAUGACAUUGGGAUCAGUCCAGCUGCAAAAACCAGCCACCCAGGAUCGAGGAACCUGCAUUUUACAAAGUUUCCAUCUUCCGAGAAAUUGACAAAUGCUGGGUUGGUUGAGACAGAUUUUGUGACGAUGGAUGAUCCUGUCUUUUGGUCUAGGAAGAAAGAAAGCUAUCCAUUUGUACCUAUGGAUCUGACUGAUCCAGAUGCCCUUGAUCCGAUGCCGGAUGCCCUUGAUCUGAUGAUGCCGUCAAUAGCCGACGUUCUAAGUUUUUGA